AUCACGCGUUGAAAUACUGAAAAUUUGGAAUAAAUGUGUCAUGAAGCAAAGCACAUAGCGUGGGAAGCUCAAAUAAAUAUAAACGUCCGUCCUACUUUUUCUUUAAUCUUUUCCUACCUCUGACGCGUUUAUUUAUCUAAUACGCGUCUUUCCAAUUUUCUAUUGUAUUAAGGAACCAUAGCACCACUUUCCCCCUAAAAAUUAAACCUAUAUAUACACAUUUUUCCAUCCAUACUUUCAAUCACAUAACUUCCAAUUCCUCUCGUCCUUCAAUUCUCUUUCAUAAUUUUAUCUUCAUCAUGACUCACUUCGAUAAUCACCAACAAGCCCCUGUAUCAUAUCCAGGACCAGGUGAGGCCUAUUCGACAGGUCAAUAUGUUACUGCCCCACCACCUAUGGGUUAUCCUUCCAAAGAGGGUACUGAAGGGUACCCCCAACAAAGGAUUCAAGAUCAAACCACAAGCAGGGGUGAUGGUUUCUGGAAAGGAUGUUGUGCUGCUCUAUGUUGCUGCUGUGCACUGGAUAUUUGCUUUUAAGUUCUGAUUGAAUCAUACAAACAUAUUGUGCUUUUUGAAACUACAAUUUGUUAACCCUAUUGUAUUCUUUGUAAUUUGUAGACGAAUAAGGAUUUUUUAUCUUUCUAGAGAUUAUGUAUUUGUGUCCAUUUGAUGGAUGUUAUUUGUUUACCUUGUGUAUUUGAAACUUUGUAUGUGAUGUAUUUAGUCAUUUGUAAUAUAUUUUUUGUCAAUAAAAAAAAAAAAAAAAAAAAAAGAUUUU